GAACCCGAUCCGCAGAAACGUUCAUAGAGGCUCUUCAGCAAAUGGGAUACAGUUACGUAGAUUACAAUGGUUACCAGCAAAUAGGUGUAUCAUAUGUUCAAGCAACUCUGCAAGACAGUAGAAGAUGCAGUGCUGAAAAGGCGUAUCUUAGAAAGGCACAAGAAAGAGGCAAUUUGAAGAUCAUUAAAAAAGCUCUUGUAACAAAAGUCAUUAUAAAUCCAAUUACAUUAGAAGCUGAAGGAGUGAAAUAUGAACGAGACGGAAUGUAUUAUACUGCUAAGGCCAGAAAGGAAGUAAUCCUUUCUGCUGGAGCAUUUCACUCACCACAACUGCUCAUGCUCUCCGGAAUCGGUCCAAGGUACCAUCUGAGCGAACUCGACAUCCCCGUCCUUAAAGAUCUUCCUGUGGGUCAAAAAAUGUACGACCAUCUGUCCUUCCCAGAAUUGGUAAUCACUUUGAACGAGUCAAUAGUAUUUAAGGCCAGCUCUUUCGGCAUCAACGAGUUCAAAAAGUACUUCUCAAAUCAGCCAAGUCUAAUAAGCACUCUUGGAGGUGUGGAAGCUUUGGCGUAUCUAAAUCUAAACCUUACCAACCGUAAUCCUACUUAUCCAGACGUAGAACUAAUUUUUAUGGGAGGCGGAUUACACUCAGACUUCGGAUUAAUUACAAGAAAAACGUUUAGAAUUACAGACAGAAUGUAUAACAGAAUUUGGAAGCCCAUUGAGAACGAAAAUGCCUGCCAGAUAUUACCCAUGUUGGUGCAUCCUAAAUCUUAUGGUUAUAUUAAGCUGAAAUCCAAGGAUCCUCAUGUUCAGCCCAAACUUUAUGGAAAUUAUUUAACAGAUGCGUACAAUGAAGAUGUGAGAACAUUUAUAGCGUCGAUCAGGGCCAUACAAGAAAUUAUCCAAACUCCGGCAUUUCAACGAUAUAACGCCCAAUUGCUGGAUACGCCUGUUCCAGGAUGUGAACUGUUUCGUUUUGAUUCUGAUCCCUACUGGGAAUGUGCACUGCGUCACUUAGCAGUAACACUACAUCAUCAAGUAGCAACAUGUAAAAUGGGUCCAAAACAUGAUCCCGAAGCGAUAGUGGACAGUUCGCUUAGAGUUUAUGGGAUUAAGAGACUUAGAGUUGCCGAUGCAAGUGUCAUCCCCCUACCC